CGGCCUCGCGCGCUCGCAUUCGGUGAGCGGGCUUGGAGCCCCAUCCAGAGCCGGCAUGGAGGUCCCCGCAGCGGCCACCGAGUCCCCCGCGGACCAAGCCCUCCCACCGCCCGGCGUCCUCUGGCGACGCGGCUGCCUGCGGGGCUUGCGGGGCGCGUUGCCCUCGGACCUGCGGCGGGAGGCGCUGGAGCUGGCGGCGCUCGCGGGCCCCGUGUUCCUUGCACAGUUGAUGAUCUUUCUCAUUAGCAUCGUCAGUUCCAUAUUCUGCGGACAUCUGGGCAAAGUCGAGCUGGAUGCUGUUACACUUGCUGUCUCGGUUGUGAAUGUUACAGGGAUUUCGGUUGGAACUGGCUUGGCCUCGGCUUGUGACACAUUGAUGUCUCAGUCCUUUGGAGGCAAGAACCUAAAACGUGUUGGGAUCAUACUGCAAAGAGGAAUCCUCAUCUUGCUGCUGUGUUGCUUCCCUUGCUGGGCCAUCUUCAUCAAUACCGAGAACCUCCUCCUGCUCCUGAAACAAGACCCUGAAGUCGCCAGGAUAGCCCAAAUUUAUGUGAUGAUUUUCAUUCCUGCUCUUCCCGCAGCAUUCCUGUUCCAACUGCAGACAAGAUAUUUACAAAGUCAGGGCAUCAUCAUGCCCCAAGUUAUUACUGGGAUUGCAGCGAAUAUUGUCAACGUGGGCAUGAAUGCCCUCCUGAUGUAUGCCCUGGACCUUGGAGUGGUAGGAUCUGCUUGGGCCAACACCACCUCCCAGUUCUUCCUGUCUGCUCUUCUUUUCCUCUAUGUGUGGUGGAAAAAAAUCUACAUCGACACCUGGGGAGGUUGGACGAGGGAGUGCUUCCAGGAGUGGGGUGCCUACAUCCACUUGGCUAUUCCCAGUAUGUUCAUGCUGUGCAUCGAGUGGUGGACCUUCGAGGUUGGAACCUUCCUCGCAGGGCUGAUUAAUGUGACUGAGCUUGGAGCCCAGGCUGUCAUUUAUGAACUGGCCUCUGCAGCCUACAUGGUGCCUUUUGGCUUUGGUGUGGCCGCCAGUGUCCGAGUGGGCAAUGCUUUGGGAGCAGGGAAUGCUGAGCAGGCUCGGUGCUCCUGUACCUCUGUUCUGUUGUGUGCGAGUGUUUGUGCACUUGCACUGGGAGUUCUGCUAGCAGCUUUGAAGGAUGUGGUUGCCUACAUUUUCACCAGUGAUAAGGAUAUUAUUUCCCUUGUGAGCCAAGUGAUGCCGAUUUUUGCUCCCUUUCAUCUAUUUGAUGCACUUGCAGGCACCUGCGGUGGAGUGCUGAGAGGUAUAGGAAAACAGAAGAUCGGUGCUAUCUUGAACGCCAUUGGUUACUACAUUUUUGGUUUUCCAAUUGGAGUGUCUCUGAUGUUUGCUGCUAAACUUGGGAUAAUAGGUCUCUGGUCUGGACUGAUAGUUUGUGUCUUCUUUCAAGCCCUUUUUUACUUGAUAUACAUCCUGAGGACAAACUGGAAUAGAGUUGCAGAACAGGCACAGAUUCGUGCUGGGCUAAAAGGUACUAAAGAGACUCUACAGACCACAACAGAUCUCCCAAAUCUUGAAAGAGAAACAACUGAUGGAGUGAUUUUGCCUGAUAUCAUCAGACCAGAGAGCCAGAUCAGCCAACUCAUGUCACUGGAAGAAAACAACCAGUAUGCAGUGCCCACCAUUGGGGAUGUCUUGACAGUGAGACAGUUGAUACUCUAUCGUGGAAUGGCUUUAGCUGUGGCUAUUGCUGUCCUUUUAGCAGGAAUUUUAGUAAGAGUUUUCAAUGACCGUGGAUAAAAUAGAAGAAUCAUCACCUGUCUACAAACUUGAAAUGAUAAUCACAUAUCAUCUGUUAUAUGGACAGUGUUUUCAUUCUUCGUGGUGGAUAGAAAGGAUAUCUUGGUUAUUCCAAGAAAUCACACCAUUGUAUUGGAGAUCAAGAAAGGGGCUACAAUUUUUGUUUGCUGGUUGGUUUCUUUUAGUGUUGGGGAUUGAAACCGGGUCUUGUGCCUGCUUCCACAUGCACUUUACCACUGAGAUAUACCCUUUGCCCCAAGGAGCUAUAUAGUUUAUAGUUUUCUCUGUUAACUUUAUCAUGGUUUCUAAAUAUGUAAAUGAUUUUUCCUACUGUGAAUGUUCUUUACUCUUUCUUAUAUUGAAUAUCCUCCUUCGUUCAGGAAAGUGAUUCAUUGUCAUAUAAAAUAUUAUUAUUGAUCUUUUUUGUAUAUCUAGGUUAAUACACUUUGUCUUUAUAGUGAGUAUCUAUCUCAGGUAUUUAUUUUACAAAAUAAAUACCUCAAAAUUUAAAAUGUAUGCUGACAGUAUUUGGGGCAAUAAGGUCAAUAUAAAAAAGGUAACUUUUAGUUUUUGUCUUUUAAUAGAUAUUUGUGUCAGCUUUCACAUUAAAAACUAAAUCUCUGCUCUUUUUAUGACUCAGCUUCCACAGCACUGACAGCUACGGCUUCAACCACUAGGCCAGAGGUUUUUAGAAUCUGAACAAACCAAAAAGAAAGAAUUUGACCAAUUCAAAAGGAAAAUUAUUUAAAAUUCCAGUAUUGGUUAUUUAAUAACACAAAGUCCACCAAGUACUCGCAACAGAGCUCCUCGUUCAAAGCCCUGCUGGUUAGUCAACUUUCUGUUACUAUAAAAAAUACUGGGUCUGGGCAUGUUGGCACACGCCCGCAAUUCCAGCCACUGGGAAGACUGAAGCAGGAGGAUCACAAGUUCAAGGUCAGCCUUGGCAACUUAGUGAAACCCUGUCUCAAAAAAUAAAAAGGUCUGGGGGUGUAGCUCAGUAGUAGAGCACCCUGGGUUCAAUCCUCAGUACAAAACAACAACAAAUGCUGGGAUAAUCAACACAUAAAGAGGAAAGGCUUUUUUCGUUCAGGGUUUUGGAGGUUUCAGUCCAUGACUGGUUGACCCCAUUGCUUUGGGGCUUGUGGCAGCACACCAAGCUGCUCGCCGCAUGGCCCAGAUAUGAAAGAAGAGGAAGAAGAAGGAGCUCGGGCCCCACUAUUCCCUUAAAGGGCACAACCCCAAUGAACUAAAGAUCCUACAAGGCCCCCCUCUUAAAAAUUGCACCACCUCCCAAAACUGCCAAGCCAGGAACCAAGCCUUUAAUACUUGGGCCUUUGGGGACUAUUCUAGAACCAAACCAGAGCGCCACCCAGUGACCAGCACUUGCCUUAGCUUAUUGUCUCCCUCUCUUGAAGGUGAGCAAGCUAUUUAGCAUUAUUGGAUAUCCCUGAAAUGCCAAUUAUGUGAGAAAGAAACUAGACAGGAACUGUGAGUUUUCAGGGACAAAAACAUCUUCAAAGAGUUCAUAUAAAAUAUAACAACCACGAGGCAGAAUAGGGUGCUAUAGAACAAAACAUUCAGAAAAAAAAUUUGAGGCAAAAUUUAUAUAACAUAAAGGUAACCAUUCUGGUUAAAUUGGUGCACUCACUGUAGAAAAUAGUAUGUGGAAUCUUUAAUAAAUAUGGAAUUAUCAUAUGCUGCAGCAAUUCCACUUUAGGUAUACGCUGAGAAGAACUGAAAGCAGGGACCAGGCAUACAGAUAACUAUACACCAAAGUUCACUUCGGCAACAAUAGCCAAAAGGUUGAAAUAAUCCAAAUGGCCAUCAACAGCUAAGUGGAUGAACAAACUUUGUUAUACACUUACAAAUGAGUAUUAUUCAGUCUUAAAAAAGAUGAAAUUCUGAUAUAAGUUACAACAUGAAUGAAGCUUGAAACAUUAUAUUAAGGAAAAUAAAUCAGAUGCAGGUUUAUACAAGGAUAUUUGUACAAAAGGGCAAAUACAGUGUGAUUUCGUUUACAUAAGGUACCUAGGAUAGUCAAGUUCAUAGGGAAAGUAGAAUAGAUGUUAUCAGGGAGAGGAAAAGCAGGGAGUUAUUGUUAAUGGACACAGUUUCUCUUUGGGAUGAUGAAGUUCUGGACCUGUAUUGCAUGGUGAACGAUUGUACAAUAUUGUGAAUAUACUUAGUGCCAUUGAACUAAUGCUUCAAAAUGGUUAAAAUGGUCAAUUUAUGUUAUACAUAUAUAUUUCAUAAUAAAAAGAUGGAAGGCAGAAAAAGUAA